GAAAUCUUAACUUCCCUUAUAUUGCUUGAAAUCACAACACGUAGUUUCCUUCCUCUCAUUUCGCAUCCUUUCCUCAUUCAUCAUUCAUCUGCAAUUUUUCAUACUUUCUCCGAUCAACCCUAAUCCCCUUUUUCACAAAACUAAUUCCAUAAUCUCAUGCAUGUGAACCAAAAAUUUUCAGAUCCAUGCCACCAAUUCGAUUUCUAUGAACUUUGAAGCUUAAUUUUAUCAAGAUUAUUAUUGAAGGUUUAAUAACUUUGUUGUGAGAUUGCAAAGUGAUUAUAAAAAGAUCAAGGAUCUUUAUGAUUGAUGCCAUUGUUGUUCGUUGAUUUUGGUAUUGGGAAAAUUCCAUACCAUUUUUUGAGAUGGAAUGGAAAAUCCAGCUAGUUAUGGGAAUCAUGAGAUUGAACAAGUUAGUUUCAUCAAAGGUUUCUUAAUUACUGGUUUUCUUCAGAUGAAAUUUGCUACCAGAAACAGAUUAUCUUUCAUUUUCACUUGUUUAUAAUAACAGGGUAUGGUUGCUUGAUUGGGGACUGUGCAUCACAGAUACUUGUUUACACAUCUAUAUUUGUCCUUAUUCAGAAUGGUCAUCCUUUAGAUGAAGAACUACAGUUAACUUUGGGCAUUGUUCCUGGUAGGCAGACUCAGAUGCGAGGUUGGAACUUGCAAAUAUGCAACCAAGAGCAAGUGCUGUAGACGUUAUCCGUUUUAGCGCAUCUAGUACACCUAGCAAUUCAAGUGGAGGAUCUGAAGCAGAUGAUAUUGAGUCAAAAGGUGAUGUUUACAUAUGGGGAGAGGUUUUUGCAGAUGGAUUUCCUUCAAAGACAGAUGUGUUGACCCCUAGGCUGUUAGAGUCAACUGUUGUUCUUGAUGUUCGUGACAUUGUGUCCGGUACACAUCAUCUUGCUAUAGUAAGCAGAGAAGGAAAGGUUUUUACUUGGGGUGAAGAAUCUGGGGGAAGACUUGGUCAUGGAAUUGAUAAAGAUUUUGGUAAGCCUCAUCUAGUUGAGUUUCCUGAUGUUGUUACUUUGGAUAUUGUUGCAUGCGGAGAAUUUCAUACAAGUGCCGUGUCUAAAUGCGAUAAUUUUUUUACAUGGGGUGAUGGUACACAUAAUGUUGGACUUCUUGGACAUGGUAAUGAGAUUAGUCACUGGAUACCAAAGAGUGUCAACGGCUUUUUAGAUGGACUUCGUGUCGUAUCUGUUGCAUGUGGAUCAUGGCAUUCAGCAUUGGCAACGUCAAAUGGAAAAUUGUUUACAUUUGGUGAUGGAACAUUUGGUGUUUUGGGCCAUGGUGAUCAAGAGAGUGUAAUGUAUCCGAAGGAAGUACAGUUAUUAAGUGGACUCAAGACAGUUAAGGUUGCUUGCGGAGUAUGGCACACUGCAGCUAUUAUCGAGGUUGCUUUUCAAUCUGGUUCAAAUGCUUCAUCAUGGAAGCUUUUCACAUGGGGUGACGGUGACAAAUUUCGUUUAGGCCAUGGAAACAAAGAUAUGUACCUGAAACCAACGCGUGUUUCACCCCUUAUUGAAUAUAAUUUCCAGCAGAUAGCAUGUGGACACACUAUGACUGUUGCUCUCACUACAUCUGGUCAUGUAUUUACAAUGGGAAGCACGGAAAAUGGUCAAUUAGGAAAUCCAAAUGCUGCUGGAAAAGUACCUACUUUAGUUCAAGAUAAGUUGCUUGGGGAAUUUAUUGAGGAAAUAUCAUGUGGAGCACAUCAUGUUGCCGCUGUGACAUCAAGAAGCGAAUUAUAUACAUGGGGAAAAGGUUCUAAUGGAAGACUAGGACAUGGUGACACAGACGAUAGAAAAUCUCCUACACUUGUGCUAGCCUUGAAAGAUAGGCAUUUGAAAAAUAUCUCAUGUGGUUCAAACUUCACAUCUUGUGUAUGUAACCAAAAAUACGUCAGUGGAACCGACCAGUCUGUUUGCUUUGGUUGUAGACAACCAUUUGGUUUAACAAGAAUACGGCACAAUUGUAAUAACUGUGGAUUGGUUUUCUGUCAUAAUUGUAGUUCUAAAAAGGCAAUCAAAGCUGCAAUGGCUCCAACAUUAGAUAAACCUCAUCGUGUGUGUGAUACCUGUUAUACUAAGCUUAAAGUUGUUGACACCAAUGAUCCUUCCAAGUUUAAUGGAAAAGCUGUUCCUUCACAUUGUUCCACAACUGCUUAUGAAAGAUUAGACCAAGGUAUUAUAAGGUCUAAAAGAACUCUCUUUUCUUCUACUACUGAACCAGUGAAAUACCUUGAAAUUAGGAAUCAUAAGCCUGGAACUGAACAUGAUUGUACUUCUUUUGUAAGAGCUUCUUUAGUUCCGUCUCUUUUGCAAUUGAAAGAUAUCACAUUUCCAAGUUCACUGAGUUCUAUUCCUAGUGUUGCAAAGCCUUCUACACCCCCUAGUUCAUCACAAAGUUCCACAUCACCAAACAGAUCAAGCCCUUCUCCACCCCUUAUCAAUCCAAGAUUUUCUGGUGGUAUUGUCAAUAGUUUGAGAAGGACUAAUGAUGUUCUGAACCAACGAGUCUCGGAUUUGCAGAGCCAAAUUCGAAGUUUGGAGCAGAAAAGUGAAAUGAGAGAUGUGGAAAUUCAGAAACUUCAGAAAAAAGCUACUGAAGCCAUUGCCAUGGUUGCAGUGGAAUCUUCUAGUCAUACAGAAGCAAAAGAGUUUAUUGAAUCUACAAAACAUCAGUUGAAGGAAAUGACUGAGAAGCUACCGGCAGAUAUUCCGGAAAGUAAUAUGUUGAGUACUAUCCAAACUCGAGUUGAAGAUUUUCUAAAAGAAUUUUCGGAAUCUGAAUUAGAAAAUAUCGGACCAGCAGAUAAUAUGUUGAGUACUAUCCAAACUCGAGUUGACAAAUCUGCCGCAGAUAAUGACUCGUCUAAAUUAGAAAAUAUCGGACCAGCAGAACAUGCUGUCAUUGUAGGAGCUGAUUCUUGUCUAGGUCAAUCAAAGUUAGAGGUUUUGCAACAUGCAAUUGAUAUAUCUACCUCAAAUAGUGGCAAUUUUGAACUAGAAGAUCGUAGAAUAGAAAGCAAUGCUAAUGUUGUAGGAGUUGACCAUUGUCAAAAUGAAGGAAAUUUUGUUGAAGAAAUUAAUAAACCAACGUUGGAGUCUGAGCAACGUAAUUCAACUGAUACAACUAUCUCAGAUAGUGAGACUUCUAAACCGCAAGAGCACAUGCAUGAAAAAAUUGAUGAGACUGCAAAAGUUGAUCAAUCUGAGUCUGAACAAAAUGUUCGUCAAGAAACUAAUGGAUCGUGUAAAUUUAGUGUUGGAGAAGAGGUGCCACCCCAAAACUCCGAAAAUAGUUCAACAUCACUGGAGUCUGAGCAACGUAAUUCAACCGAUACAACUAUCUCAGAUAGUGAGAUUUCUAAACCUCAAGAGCACAUACCUGAAAAAAUUGAUGAGACUGCAAGAGUUGAUCAAUCUGAGUCUGAAAAAAAUAUUCGUCAAGAAAGUAAUGGAUCGUGUGAAUUUAGUGUUGGAGAAGAGGUGUCACCCCAAAACUCCGAAAAUAGUUCAACAUCGCUGGACAGUUCAAGACAUGAGAGACCGCCAGAAACACAAUUCUUUGAAAAAUUUCAAUCUGGUGUUUAUGCGUUGCUCACGCUACGGGCUGAUGGAAUCAAAAUAUUUAAAAGAGUUAAAUUCAGUAAGAGAAGGUUCACUGACACUCAAGCAGAAGAAUGGUGGAGGCAAAACAAAGGUAGGGUUCUUAGGAAAUACUGUCCAGUACAUCAAAAUAAUAAUGGAUCAUGUAACAUUACACCAAAUGUUAAAGAAAAUAUUGAGUCAUUGCCUUCCUAAACUUAAAAUUUUCCUAUGAGCAUCACCAAAGUUUGAUGAAAUGAUUUCACAUAGAAGGAUCAUCAAUGUAGUGUGGAUAGAAAGGUAGCUUUAAUUUAGGAAGUUUAAUUGAGAACGUGUAGAUAUUUUACAACACAAUAUGCAUAUAACCAAUGUAUCAAUGAGGAUAGGAAUUGUAGUCGUAGAAGGAGUUGAUUUAUAUGAAGGAAAAUUAGCAUUA